AUGGCAGCCCAACAAACUCUCCACGUCCCGCACUUAGGCGGCAUCACCGCCGGCUACACACUCUCAAACAACCAUUACGACCCCUCCAAACCAACAUGUCUCCUCAUAAACUCCAUGUGCACCACCUCUUCGCUCUACAAGACCCAAUUCGAGGAUUCUACAUUGAGGGACGCGAUGAAUUUACUAGCGAUCGAACCGCUAGGUCAUGGCGCGACGAGUUGUAAGACGGAGCAUUUCACGUAUUGGGAUUCGGCGAUUAUGGCGUUGCAGGUGUUAGAUGGGUUGGGGAUUGAGAAGGCGUUUGCGUUGGGGACUAGUCAGGGAGGAUGGAUUGUUAUGAGGGUUGCUGUUUUGGCGCCGGAGAGGGUAUGUUCUUUUAUGGUGGGGUGAGUCGGAUCUGAAAUAUGAUGUACUGAUAUGAGACGUUCUAGAUUCUUGGGGUGAUGCCUCUUGGGACGUCGAUGGACUAUGAAUCUUCCGAUUCUCGAAGCAAAGGAUGUUGGGAUCCUGCACCGGGUCUGACACCUUUCAUUGAGAAAUGGACGAGUGCUACGGAAACACCUGAUUUCGUCGUUGACGAUGUGUGGUGUAGGAUGGUGGGUGGGAUUGGAUUUGGAGCCAGUGCAACGCCAGAGAUGGGUGCGUUUUGGAUGAAGACUAUGAAGGAGGUUUAUAGAGGUGAUGAGGGGCGGAGGAAGGCUAGGAUGGCGGUUAUUUGUCUGCUUUCGAGGGAUAGUCUUUUGUUGAGACUGGGGGAUGUGAAGUGUCCGGUUCAUUGGCUGCAGGUAAGUUUUUUUAUUCUUUGUGUCGAUCUCUAGUGAUAGGAGUCGGGGAUUGAUUGAUUUAUUUAGGGCACGGCAGAUGUUCCGUAUGGGACGACUGUUCAACAUGAACAAAUCAAAUUGUUCACUUCGUCUCAAGAUGCGAAAGUCACCAUGGUCGUAGGUGGAGCGCAUUACCUUAAUGCUACGAAUCCCACCGAGGCUAAUGCUGCUCUUUUGGAAAUGGUGACCAAGUAUAAAUAG